AUGACCCAUCUCACCAACGAAACAUCUCCCCUCCUCCAGGUAGAGCCUGCAAUUGAGCGCUCCAUCUCAUAUCAGAGCAACCACACUCCUUACGAUGUCCGACCUCUACACCCUCAGCAGUGCAAGCACGAAGAGUGCCAUCUCGACUACAGCGACAUCCUCCGCGACAUCAUCAUUGGCUUCUCCGAUGGCCUCACUGUACCAUUUGCCCUGACCGCAGGUCUAUCUAGUCUCGGUAGCGCCAAGGUGGUUAUCAUCGCCGGCCUGGCAGAGCUCUUCUCCGGUAUGAUAAGCAUGGGUCUCGGCGCGUACCUCGCCGCCGUCACGGAGCGGGACGCGUACCACUCGCAAGAAGGCAAGAAGACAUUUGCCGUGCGAAACAUGCCCGCCGAUGAGCGAACGGGCGUCUACGACGUGCUGGAAAAGUACUCCGUGUCCCGCGGUGCAGCGGCGCCGCUCGUCGACGAGCUGUGUAAGAACCCGCAGGAGUGGGUGCGCUUCAUGAUGGACUUUGAGCUCAAGCUCGAGAAGCCCAACGUGCACCGGGCGUGGAUCUCUGCCGUCACCAUGGGUCUGAGCUACUUUAUCGGCGGACUAAUCCCCAUGAUUCCCUACUUUGUCAUGGACCGGGUGCGCGAGGCGCUGUUUGUGUCGAUUGGAAUCACGGUCGCUGUUCUGCUGGUGUUUGGCUACGUCAAGAACUAUGUCGCCAUCCGGAACCAUCGCGCGGGUGUCUGGGGUGCUGUGCAGACGCUGGUGAUUGGCAUGCUGGCUGCUGGAACGAGUUAUGCAAUUGUGAGGGGGUUGGACAGCAAGGACGCGUAA